CAGCUCUUCUUUCCGGUGUGGGGCGGGGAGACGACCGAGGCGGCGGGAGACGGAGGAGCGGACGGCCGCCGAAAAUCGGCCCCCCGGCCUCCCUGAUACACCCACGCGCCUCCGUGCGCGCCCCCAAAUCUCCCCGGCCCGCGAGAGACCCGCUUGCGCGCCGGCGUAAACAUCUGUCGACCUCCACGGUUCUUUUCCCAGGGGUCCACAUCUGGAAGGCGCUCGGCCCGGUAAGCGCCGGAUGAAUGAGCCUGCCGGGUGCCGUCUUCGAAGGCGGAGCCGUGAGGGUGGGGCCGGGCCCGCUCAGACCCAGGCCCUCCCGCGGGGGACCGACCGCGUCGGAAGGGGCGGGCCGAACGGACCCCCUUCUGCCGGCCCCCGGCUGCUGACCGCCGGAGACUGGGGGAAGAUGAGAUCCCUGUUCCUCCCGGCUGUCCUUUUGCUGUCGCUUCUCCAAGCGUCCUCACAGGCUUCCAAGGUGAGGCGUCAGGAGGACGUCUGGGGCAGCUGGGGCGAGUGGAGCGGGUGCAGUCGGACGUGUGGCGGGGGUGUGAGCUUCCGGGAACGGCCCUGCCACUCGCUGAGGACAGACGGCGGCUCAAGCUGCGUGGGGCCCACCCGCAAUUACCGCUCAUGCAACGUUGAGAGCUGCCCUAAGGGCUCUCGGGACUUCCGGGCAGAGCAGUGCUCCCAGUUUGACGGCAAGGAAUUCCAGGGGAAGACGUACCAGUGGCUUCCUUAUUACGGAGCUCCCAACAAGUGCGAACUCAACUGCAUCCCCAAGGGAGAGAACUUCUACUACAAGCACAAGGAGGCCGUGAUCGACGGCACCCCCUGCCAGCCGGGCACCCGAGACAUCUGCGUCGAGGGCGCCUGCCAGGCCGUGGGCUGCGACCGCCUCCUGGGCUCGUCCAAGGAGGAGGACGAGUGUCUGCGGUGCGGAGGGGACGGACGGACCUGCUACCGCGUCCACGGCACGUUCGGCGUCCCCCAUCUCACCGCAGGCUACAACCGGAUCGUGGUCGUUCCCGCCGGGGCCACCAGCAUCCGGAUCACGGAGGUCUCGGCGAGCGGGAACUUCUUGGCGGUGAAGAACGCCAGGGAGGAGUACUACGUGAACGGCCACUGGACCGCGGAGCCGGCCGGCGGGACGGCCCUGCCCGUGGCGGACACCCUGCUGCACUACGAGCGGGGGGCCGAGGGCGACGACGCCCCGGAGCGGCUCCGGGCCCGCGGACCCACCUCGGAGCCGCUGGUCAUCGAGCUCCUCUCUCAGGAAGCCAACCCCGGGGUGAGCUACGAGUUCUACGUCCCGCUGGGCGGGCCCCGGCCCGGGCCCGGCUGGAGUCACGGCUCUUGGGGCCGCUGCAGCGUCCCCUGCGGAGGAGGACACCAGACCCGCGCGGUGUUCUGCACCAGCGACGGCACGGCUUCCCCCGACCACCUGUGCCAGGCCGGCCCCCGGCCGGCGGACAACCGCACCUGCGCCCUCCACCCCUGCCCCCGGACCAGGCGGUGGCAGGUGGGACCCUGGGGGCCUUGCUCGGCCCCGUGCGGAGGAGGCCGGCAGGCUCGCUCCGUCCACUGCGCCGCGCUGGACGGGGAGGGAGGCCGAGAGGCGACGGAGGAAGAGGAGUGCGAGGCCCUGGCCGGCCGGCCCCCGGACGCCCGGGCCUGUAACCUGCGGCGGUGUUCCUCCUGGACGGCCGGACCCUGGGGCGAGUGCUCCGCCAGCUGCGGCCCCGGCGUCCAGCGUCGAACGGUCGGCUGCCAGGGUGGCGGAGACUCCCCGCUCCCGGACGCCCCCUGCUCCGGGGAAGACGAGCCGCCCCCGACCCGGGCCUGCGUCGGGGAGGACUGUCUCCCGGCCGACGGCAGCCGGGAGGUCGGAGACCGGGGACCGGAGGCCCAGCGGAGCCCACCCGGAGAGUGCCGGACCUCCCGCUACGGCUGUUGCUACGACGAGGUCACCGCCGCCAAGGGUCCCGAGGGAGAGGGAUGCGAGGGCAGACCCGACCUGCCCUACCCGGCGGGCUGCCUGCUGCCCGGCGCCCUGGGCCCCUGCCCGCACUGGACGACCCGCUGGUACUUCGUCGCCGCCGCGGCCGGGUGCAACCGCUUCUGGUACGGAGGCUGCCACGGCAACCGCAACAACUUCGCCUCGGAGGAGGACUGCCGGAGGAGCUGCCGGCCGGAGACCGAGCCCGGCCCGGGGCCCCCCUCCGACGGGUUCCCCCGGGAGGGGGCCGGGCCCCCCACCUUCCGGGCGGCCUCGGGGCAGGUGGUCCGCCUCCCCUGCGGGGGCGGCGUCCCCCCGGACCCCGCCGGGGCCUGGCACAGGGACGGCAGGCGGGUCUCCUCGGCCAGGCACCACCCCCAGCCCGACGGCUCGCUGGUGAUCGGCCCGCUGACGGAAGAGGACGCGGGCGUCUACAGCUGCGGCGGCGGGCACGUGCUCCUCCAGAUUGCGGGCGACGACAGAACGGGGCUGACCGAGGAGGAGAGGGGGCGGCCGGCCGCCUCCCGGCCCCAGCGGCCCGGCCCCGGGCCGCUCUUGGACCGGACGGAGCCGUGGCUGGUGGAGGCCGACGCGGGGCGGGACGCGCGGCUGCCCUGCCGCGCCCGCGCCUCGCCUCCCCCGCUCAUCCGGUGGCGGAAGGACGGACGGGCCCUCGACUCCCCGAGGCACCAGCACCGGCCCGACGGGUCCCUGGUGAUCCGCGGGGUCCGGGCCGAGGACGGAGGUUUCUACACCUGCAUCGCUUUCGCCGAACACCACCGUGACCAGCGCUGGGUCCGGCUCAAGGUCCCGGAGGAGUUGACCGUCAGCGGGCUGCCGGCCAGCGUGGCCGUGCCGGAGGGGGACGACAUCCGGCUGCGGUGCGUGGUCACGGGAGGAGCCGUGAGCGUCAGCUGGUCCAGGAACGGGGUCCCGGUGCGAGCGGACGGGCGGCGCGUCCACCUGUCGGCCGAGGGCGUCCUGCUGGUCCGCGACUCCCGGCCCGGGGACCGGGGCUCCUACGCCUGCAGCGCCUACCGCGGCGGCCGGGCCGUCGGCGGCCGGACGGAGGUGACGGUGGUGCGGCCCGGCCCCCCAGGGACCGAGGGGCCCGAGGGGCCGGGCCGGGAGUGCGUCGACCGCCCGGAGCUGGCCAACUGCGACCUGAUCCUGCGGGCCCAGCUGUGCGGCAACCAGUACUACGCCGGCUUCUGCUGCGCGAGCUGCUCCGGCGAGCGGGCGCGGCUCCGGCCCGUGUGGUGGCGGGCCUGACGCGGC